AUUUUUGUUUGGCAACAAUUUUAUUUCAACGGCUAUCAUCUGUGAUAUAAUUUAAUGCUACAAGUGCAUUAUGUCCAAAACGAAUUUAUAAUCAUCAAUCAUCUACAGGCAAUUAAUUCCAUUUGGAUGAUUGAAUUGAUAUGAUGGGCUUACAAGCCGUAUCCAUACUGACAGAAGGUGUUUGGGCAUCAUUAACCGGUGGCUGGUAUUAUGAUAAAAAACAAUCACAUUUCUCCAAUCUAUUCCAUCUGUACAUAUGGCUCAUAUUCUUGUGCUUUCCAUUCGUUAAUUAUAUUUUUCUCAAUACAUGGAUAUCAUGGAUGCUAUAUUGUUUAUUUAUUGCACUCGCAUUCAUAGUUAUCAAAUCGAUCAAUGAAUAUUUCCAUCGAGUUUUCGAUACUGGCAAAUGUAUUAAAGAUGAAACUGCAUCAUCUUUUCAAGAUCCUGUUACGAAUUAUUUAAUUAACAAUGGUGAUGCCGAAUCGGUGAGUGGGGAAAAAGAAACUCUAGAAAUGGUUACAAUUUCGAAUAAUUCACAAAUAAAUAAUGAUCGACCAUCAAAGAAAGAGGAAAAUAUUAACUCCAAUAAAAUAGUUAACGAUAUGGAUUCGAUAAAGAAACGAAUCGAAGCAACCGAUGAUAAUUGUUCCAAUGAAAUCACAUCAAAGACAAUCGAUCUGAAAGCCGAUGUUCAUCAUAACGAAUCGGAUUCCUCUUUCGGUAAUCUAUCAUUGUUGUUUAAAAGUGAAGAUGAACCAUAUGUUGAUUCGAAUGAACAAAAAGAAUUACCUCGAAAAAUAUCAAAUGAAGCAAUAAAAGUGACUCCAGUUGUUACAUCUGAUACAUCAUUAUCAAACAUAACAGCAAUAUAUAAUAAAGGCAAUUCCUCGAACAAUUCAAUUGGCAUAUUGGAAAAUAUAAACAAAUGUGAGCAACAACAAAUGCACACGUUUCGGCGUGCACGAAGUGAAAUUGAAACAAUUAAACGAUCAGAACAUUCACGAACAUUGGCCAUGCCUCCAUCACACCCUGUCAGCCUGGAAAUAAUCAAUUCAAAAACGGACAGUGUAGAUAAGUCCGUUCCGUUAGAUAAAAGUAAAUUCAACACUAAAGACGCUAACCAGGAAAUGGUUAGAAGUUCGAAAUAUCAUCAAAAGUCGUUGAAAUCAUUUCAAUCAGAAGAAACAGGCAUAACAAACAAAAUGAGUCGUAUCGAAGAGAAUCAAAAUGAAAAACAAUUAUCUACAACUUGUAGCAGUGCCUAUAUUAAAAAAGAUUGUGAUUCAAGCGAAGAUGGUGAUGAAAGUGAAAUAUCAUUGUGUACGAAUGAUUCAGUCAAAGCAAUUAAAACAACUGUCCUAACAACAAUAUCGGCGAAAAAAAUGUCCAAACAACCGAUGCGUAAGACUCGGUUUUCGUCAAACAGCUCCCGAAAACGUUCCAAAUCCUCGACUACUAGUGGCCGUUCCGACUGGACCCAUAAAAGCAUUUAUCAUGAAUUAGAUAGACGAAAUCGCAUAAAACCAAGUAUGGUUCUGUUGAACACUUCGGAUGAAGAUGAUAAUGAAACAAAGACCGCUGCUGGCACUGUUCGGCCAUUGUCAAAUCGUUUUCAAUUAUAUCAUCGUCAUUCAGAUUCAUCAUCAUUUCCUUCUUCAUCAUCUAGUUCACCCUUAUCGAUGAUCAGUGGUGAUGGCAUCAAGCAUGAAAACUUUGAUCCGUCCAAUGUUGUCUACCCUAUAAACUAUCCAUCUACAUCAUCGGGCAUCUCUCAUCGAAUUGUGGAACGAAAAAGAUUUCGAAACAAAUACCCAUCAUCUUCAUCUAAAGCUCAAAAAUAUCAAACAACAUGUGAUUGUGUAGCAGAUGAAAAUUUAUCAUCUUUGAAUUUGCAAAAUAAAUCUAAGAAUUUACGGGCUCAACUACGGUCUAUUGCUGCAUGUGAUAAUAAUAAUUCAACGUCAAUGAAAGCUUUCAAUGAUUAUGGCGAAUUAGGAUCCCGCUUGAAUGAUCCAGAGUCAAAGACUUAUUCCCGUUCAAAUUCGAUUCGUGAUGGUGAAUCAUCGAAAAAUUCGAUCGUAUGUUCAAGUAAUUCACCCAAUAUUAUCAACGAAAUCCUUACAACUCCCGGUACUCAUUUUGCCACAUCACAUGAAGAUACGACGGUUGGUGCUGUACACGUGUUUCAAGAUGAACACGGAAAUUGGUUUACAUAUACAUUCGAUGAGAAUAGCACAGGAUUAGCUAAAGGAUUAUGUCCUCCGAAUCCGUUUACUAAACUUUCAUCGACAGCUACCUCAACAACAACACAGACGCACACUGCGAUGCCGAUGAUGGAUAAUCCAAAUGAAAAAUUCAAAUCUAAUCUUAGUGUAAAUUCGAAUAAUAAUAAUAACAAUAAUAUUGAUUCGAUCACAACGAUUCGUGAUAUAAAUAAAUUGGACAACUUGUUUCUAUUCAAUAAUAAUCAUUCAUCGCAGACACCAGAUUCAAUUCAAACAAAUCAACGACAAAUGUAUUUUGAUCCAAUUUCAAUGUUUGAUCCAAACUCUGACGCAUCAAGAGGUUUCGCACUAUCGAUCGCUUCAGAUUUCAUAAGCUCAUUAAAUAAUCAAUCCUUUUCACAUUCAUUUCAACGAUCACAACAACAAUUGAAACCUGCCUACUAUUAUGAAGUGAACUUAUUGAAAAUCAAAACGGUGAAAAUUCGAUUUGAUCGAUUAGCAUUGUUGGCCUUUUUGGACCGUAAUAUUACUACCUGUGAAUUGAUAUGUUCGAUAUUGUUGUCCAUCGCAGUUGCAGUGUUUACAGCUAUUCUGUUGAAUAAAGAAUUUUUCCAUGAUAUUCGUUUGUUUGUCUUUUGUUUUGUCGUUGCUGGCUCUCAUUAUACAUUGUUAAAGAGUGUACAACCGGACGCUGCAUCACCUACACAUGGUUUCAACAGGAUAGCCAUCUAUAGCCGUCCAAUCUAUUUCUGUUUGGUCAGUGCAAUCAUUCUUUUAUCAAAUGAUUGUUACAAUAACUACUCACCACGAAUGGAGAAUAUUCAUUUUGAAAUGUAUGGUUUCAAUCUAAUUAACCGUGAUUUGUUCUUGACAAUCAGCAAUAUUGCACAAACAUUUAUAUUGAUAUUUCCUUUAUUGUUCAUGUUUGGCUUAUUACCUCAAUGCAAUACUUUUGUAAUGUACAUAUUUGAACAUAUCGAUAUACAUUUGUUUGGCGGUACAGCAUCUACCAUGGGAAUGAUAUCGGCUAUAUAUUCAAUCUCUCGAAGUAUUCUGGCUAUCGCCUUUCUUUAUUUGUGCGCUCAUCUAUUGAAUCUGAGAGAAACACAACGAACAACUUUUUCUGUGUUCUGUGGAAUACUAGCUGCCAUGAGUUACCUACUUAGUCGUUCUUCAAGUGAUCCAUCAUUAUUAUGGAAUGUAAUCUAUGAAUUCCUCAUGACUAUCAAGAAUUUCUUCAUCAGUUUAAUAACCAAUUCAAAAUCUAAAUCAAAUUCUACAAAUUUGAAUCGUAGCGAUACAGAUAAACAUAUUGCUACCUCGAUGAUGAUGAAAAAAUCAAAUGAUGUAUUAAUUGAUCCAUUGCCAGAAAAAUUGAAAAAAGUUGCCUGUUCACGUUUUGAAUCCGAUUUUAUCACCUGUAUAUUUGUCACGAUUAGCGUGUUCAGUGUUCAUGUAAGUUCGAUAUUCAAAUUGCAGCCAUAUUUCAAUGAUUACAUAACCGGUUUGGCUGUAUAUUGGAGUUUUAUCGUUCAUUAUCUUAUACCACAAUUCCGUAAACAAUUACCAUGGUUAUUGUUUUCGAGUCCAAUCUGUAAAUCAGCUGAAUAUAAAAAAUUCGAAGUACAAGAACCGGCCAAAAAUAUGUGGUUCGAAAAAUUACAAGCUUGGCUAUGGUUAAUUGAAAAGAACAUUCUUUAUCCAUUACUAUUUUUAUCAUACAUUACCACCGAUUGUCCAUUGUUGAUCAAAAAUUAUGGUAAUAAUGUUGGCAUGUUGUUAUUGGUCAUUUUCGGAUUCAAGUGUUUGCGAAGUUCAUUCAAUGAUCCAUCAAACAAUUAUAUAAUCGUUAUAUUCACACAUUUGUUUUUUUAUUAUGAUUUUCGAAUAUUUAUAAACAAUCAUGACAAUAUAUUCCUUAUGAAUUUUUUCAUCAUGUCAUUUAUCUACUACAAGAUUACCGAUUUUUUGCUCAAAUUUCGUUUUGUCAUCACUUAUGUUGCUCCAUGGCAGAUAACCUGGGGCUCGGCAUUCCAUGCUUUUGCUCAGCCAUUCAGUGUACCUCAUUCUGCUCUACUAAUGGUUCAAAUAUUUGUUUCAUCAUUGCUUUCAGCACCUCUUCAACCAAUUCUUGGUAGUGCAAUAUUUUUCACAUCAUACGUAAGGCCGAUAAAAUUUUGGGAACGUGAUUACAAUACAAAACGUGUAGAUCAUUCAAAUACCAGACUUGCAUCUCAGAUCGACAAAGCUCAAAUUGGUUCCGAUGAUAAUAAUUUGAAUUCAAUUUUCUAUGAACAUCUUACCCGUUCAUUACAACAUUCAUUAUAUGGGGAUCUGAUAUUAGGCCGUUGGGGCGAUGUAUCACAAGGCGAUUGUUUUGUUCUGGCAAGUGAUAAUCUAAAUUGUUUAGUUCAUAUUAUUGAAUUAGGCAAUGGCUUCGACUUUCAAGUUCGUGGCUUGGAAUUCCGCGGUACAUAUUGUCAACAACGUGAAGUUGAAGCCAUCACAGAAAAUGUCAGUGAUUUUGAUGGCUGCUGUUGCUGUGAAUCGAUUUGUGUAAAUGGCGUCUUAUCGAUCAAUGCAGCUUUCAAUCAACGUUGGCUAUCGUGGGAAGUUACACAUACAAACUAUGUACUUGAAGGCUAUUCUAUAUCGGAACAUAUUGCAUCCACCAUUCUUCAGCCAUAUGAUCUUCGUAAAGCACUGAUCACUUAUUAUGUUAAAUCUAUCAUCUAUUUUGUCGUCACAAACGAAAACUUUGUUAAAUGGAUCGAAAAUGAAGACAUUAAACAAUCACUCAGCUAUUUGAAUGAAAAAGAUUUUGUUGAUCUUGAUCCUACAUUUAAUUACAAUAUUGAUGAAGAUUAUGAUGUUAUGGAAUCUGGUAUAACUCGCUCGAGUUUUCAUGCCACAUAUUUUGAUUGGAUUAAUUAUUGUAUCAUAAACGGUGUUCAUCCUUCUCAGUCAGAAAGUGUUCGUAACAAUGAAGAAUCAGCUUUAUCAUUAUGUAUGGGUUUAAGUUUGCUUGGUCGGCGAGCACUCGGAACUGCAUCACAUCAUAAUUCAGCCUUAAUGAAUGUAGAAUUUUUUCUUUAUGGUUUUCAUGCUUUGUUCAAGGGAGAUUUUCGUAUUCAUUGUUCACGUGAUGAAUGGGUAUUUCAGGACAUUGAUUUUCUUGACAAAGUAGUAUCACCAAGUAUCCGGAUGUCGUUGAAGCUUCAUCAAGAUCAAUUCUAUGAAGAAUAUAUUUAUGAACAUCCGAAAACAUUAUUCGAUGCUAUCACACAAUACCAUAAAUCAAUUGUUAUCUCACACGAAGCCGAUCCUAUUUGGCGUAAAGCCAUAUUAUCGAAUGUACCAUCAUUAUUGGCUUUACGUCAUGUUUUUGACGAAGGUACCGAUCAGUAUAAAGUGAUCAUGCUCAACAAAAGAUUCUUGAAUUUUCGCAUAAUCAAAAUAAAUCGCGAAUGCGUUAGAGGUCUUUGGGCCGGACAACAACAGGAGCUUAUCUUUUUACGAAAUCGAAAUCCUGAACGAGGUUCUAUACAGAAUGCUAAACAAGUGUUGCGUAAUAUAAUCAAUUCAUCCUGUGAUCAACCGAUUGGCUAUCCCAUCUAUGUUUCUCCCUUAACAACUUCGUUUUCGGAGACAUCUACUCCUCUUAAUCAAAUAAUCGGACCAUCGCUCAGUUUUUCAAUGUUUAAACGAGCUAUUGUUGGAUUUUUCAAUAAAAUCCGUAAUCGUUGCAAUGAAGUAUGUACCGGUAGUAGCGGUAAUGUUCCCGAAAUGAAUUUCGCCUCUGUUCGUCUGACUAAAAGUGAAUCAAGUGAUCGAGGUAUCGAAGAUUCGAAAGAUGCCAAAGGCUCUUUGAUCGUAUCCUCACAAUCACAAAUUGUUCAAAUUUCCAAUUAUAGUCAGUACUUGAAAAAAAGAAAUAUUAACAGGAAUGAUGAGGAAGCCAUGCAUAAUACUUCAUCUAAUCUAGUCACACCGAAAAACGUAUUAUGUUUGCUACAGAAUUCAAUCAAUCAAACACCAUCAACGACUACAUCGUCGGUAAAUCAGAAUGAACCUAGUGUUGCUGUUACAUCCAUGUCAAACAAACCAAUCACAACUGUUGGCCAAAUUUCCGACAGUUCAAUCAAUGUUACUAAUGUUGAUGUUUCGAAAUCAUUGAUUAUUGAGAAAGGAUUUGUUCAUCCAAAAGGAGAUGCUGUUUAAUUUUUGUUUUGAUAUGUUUAAUUCAUUUUCAUACAAUCAAUCAUUAAAAUUCAUGUUAUACAAUUUU